UAUAAAGCCGCGGAGACCUCAGCGCUGUGAAGCAGUGCGUCACGACCACCCCGAACCUCAGACCGCCUCUCACAGCGGGAAGAGUCCGAGCCGAGACCGAAGACCGGAGUAUGCGCGCUCUCUGCGCCGGGCACGCGCCUUCUCUCUGAAAGAGCCGCCUCUUUAUCGGUGCUGUGUUGUGGCGCUUGGUCUUUCGGGAGCUUGGCAGCUGCAGCGGGGCUGACGGCGCGCGGUGGACGGGUCAGCUUCACCUCAGAGGACAGCUCGAGCUUCUCUCAGCCAGCAUGAAAGCAGCAGAAGAAGAUGCAUACAACUACACACCAAAUGUCACCCUGUCCCUCCCACUGAGCACCUGCCUACCCACCCAGUACCACAACCUGCAGACCAGCCCCUCCAUCUCUGUCUCCAUCAGCCAGCCGCCCUCCUUCUCCCCCCAUGAAGACAUGGCCUCGGUGGGAUACUACCAGUCCUCUGGCUCCGGCCCCAAUGGAGCCCCAGCUCUAGAGAGCCCCCGCAUUGAGAUCACGGCCUACAGCCAGUUCCCUGAGGACGAGGUGGAGGAGAGCAGUUUGCCGGUGGCCAAGAGGGUCAACUCCAUCGUGACCUUAACAUUGCCCAGUGCUGAUGGUUAUCGUGACCCCAGCUGCCUGAGCCCAGCUAGCAGCGUUUCGUCUCGAAGCUGCCAGUCAGAGGCCUCUUCGUACGAGUCGGGCUACUCGCCACAAAACUCUCCCUGGCAGUCUCCUUGUGUUUCGCCCAAAGGAUCUAACUCACUCUUGUCCAGCACGAUCGGGACCUCCCCCCGCCACUCGCCCUCCGGAUCCCCCCGCACCAGCGUGACCGAUGAGAGUUGGAUGGGCUCUCGUGGCUCGCGUUCAAACUCCCCCUGUGGUGGCAAGCGGAAGUACAGCUUUAACAGCAGCGCUGCACACAAGUACCAUCCGUACUCUCCAAACCAUUCACCAGGUCCGUCACCGCAAACCUCACCUCGACUCAGCGUGACUGAAGACACUUGGCUGCCCACCAACCAGUACACCAAUUCUGCCAUUGUGGCUGCCAUUAAUGCCCUCAGUACAGAUGGAAUGGCAGAAGUCGGGGAGGGAAUCCCACUCAAGACCAGAAAAACUAGCCUGGAACACAGUGCUUCGAUGAACCUCAAGAUCGAGCCUGGAGGGGAGGAGAUUGGCUCUGUGGAGCUCUGCCACGAGGAUUACUCCGCUUCACGACUGCCGUAUAAGAAGGAGAGCUAUGCUGGCUUUUUGGAUGUACCUCAGCAUCCAUAUUGGUCAAAACCAAAGCCAUAUAUCAGCUCGUCCUUGCCUGCUCUUGACUGGCAGCUUCCCUCCAGUUCUGGGCCGUACAGCCUGCAGAUUGAGGUUCAGCCUAAAUCUCACCAUCGUGCCCACUACGAGACAGAAGGGAGCCGAGGGGCCGUGAAGGCGCUCGCCGGAGGACAUCCUGUGGUGCAGCUGCACGGCUACAUGGAGAGCGAGCCACUCACCCUGCAGCUGUUCAUCGGCACGGCGGACGACCGUCUCCUGCGUCCACACGCUUUCUACCAGGUCCACCGCAUCACCGGCAAGACUGUGUCCACACCCAGCCACGAGAUCAUGCAGACCAACACCAAAGUGCUAGAGAUUCCACUCCUGCCAGAGAGCAACAUGAGGGCCAUAAUUGACUGCGCUGGAAUCCUCAAACUGCGUAACUCGGACAUCGAGCUGAGGAAAGGUGAGACGGACAUCGGUCGGAAGAACACGCGCGUCAGGAUGGUGUUCCGCGUUCACAUUAACCAGCCCAAUGGCAGGAUGGUGUCCCUGCAGGUGGCGUCCAACCCCAUUGAGUGCUCCCAGCGCUCUGCACAGGAGCUGCCUCUGGUGGACAGACAGAGUGUGGAGAGCUGUCCAGCCUCAGGAAGAGAGAGGAUGGUCCUCAGUGGACAUAACUUCCAGCCCGAUUCCAAGGUGGUGUUUGUGGAGAAAGCACAAGAUGGUCAUCAUAUAUGGGAGAUGGAAGCCAAGGUUGACAAGGAUGCCUUUAAACCAACGACCUUACUUGUGGAGAUUCCACCUUACCGAAACCAAAGAAUAUCCAGCCCGGUUCAGGUGAACUUCUACAUAUGCAAUGGCAAAAGGAAGAGGAGCCAGUACCAGCGGUUCAACUACCUACCCCCUAAUGUUCCCACCAUAAAGACGGAGCCCCAUGAUGACUAUGACCUCCCUCACGUGUGCGCUCAGCAGCAUCCCUCCAGCCUCACCUUGCCCUCCAAGCAGUACUACGCUCAGCAAGCCCUGCCUUCGGAUCACAGGGCCAGCGUUACGGCCGUCUAUGCGGUCAGCCCUCCGAGACUUGCGGCCAAACCUUCGUCCCUGUCCUGCUCUUCUUCCUCCCCCAGCACCAGCCCCAAGAUGCAGGAUCUCUCCCCCACACACUUCGUCCCCCAGUGCCUCUCCACAGGUGCCAACCCUGGGCCAGUCGUCAUCCCUCACGUCUCCGCCAUCCAGCCCACGCCGGGCCGCUAUCAGCAGGCCGUCCUCUACCCAUCAGGUAGCGCCUCCUCUUCUCCAGGCUCUCAUCCCUCGACCCCAAGCUCUGCUCCUGAGCUCGUCUUCAACUCCAGCCAAGGUCUGGCCCCCUCGCCAGUGUCCAGCGAGACACCGACGCUGCCAAAAGCACCAGCAAGGAGUGGAUCUUCUCCGCUUUUGCAAGACGAGGGAGCUCCUCCAAUGCUGGCUGUGAGCAUCAAGCAGGAGCCCCAGGAACUGGAUCAAAUGUACCUAGAUGACGUCAAUGAAAUCAUAAGGAACGACCUCUCCAGCAUCUCCGUCCACAGCCACGCAUAGCAGCGGACGAGCGAGGGAAAUGGACACCGCAGAAGAAAUGGACUUUUGAAGCUUUUCUAGCCGAACAAAACAUCUGCAUAGCCUGACUGCAGUAUAACCAUCUGUACAGUGGAGCGAGUUACAGAGCUGCCGCAAAGCAAUCACAACUGACCGACUGAAUGACAAUCAACACCAAAUAGCAAAAUACUGCCAAUGUGUAUGAAUUCAUGGACCAAGCCUGUGCAUUGCUCUCUCAUUGUUUUUCCUCCUGAGCUCAAGUAGCUCUUUAAAUUAUUACCUAAAGUGCAAUUUUGUCAUAUUUCUUUUUUCAUAAUGUUUGCAUAUAUGCCAAGAAGCCUUAAAUCCAGUGGUCCUGACAGCUUUUUGAUAAUAAUUAGGCCUGAAUCGUCAUUCCAUUGCUUCUAUUGUUUCUGGUCUUGUCCAGCUUUGAGGAAACGUUUAACUGGAAUCGCGUCAUUCGUGUAGAUUUACAGCAGAAUCGUAUUUAUUCUCUCUCCCUGAGCUGGAAUCAACUGAACACCUUUCAGGACAGCGUGUAUGGCAGUGGUUCUGAUGCAGUAGCAGUCAUUUUAUCUCAAAGGUAGUCGGACUAUGAACUAUGGAACGGACAGGGUAGCAUUUCGGGUGGCUUUAAAGUCAAAGCUUUAGUGUUUUUCAUAUUUAGGCUAAUUUUGAGCUGCAAUAAAGCUGUGCACAGUGCCUUUGCCUUUGCACCCUUUUCGCUCACCAUACAGUGCCUUAUGCGCAUUAUGAGCAUGGUUGUUUUCUUUUUUUUUUGUCUAUUUUGCUGAUUUUGCAUGUUGGCGGAACUUUGUAUAAUCGUUCUCUCUCUUUCGACGACAGGAAAACAUUUCUUUGGCCGCGUCCUUUUUGUUUCCUGACACUCAGUAUUGUUAGUUUUCAUGCCAUUGUGUCAUAUUGUAGGUUAUUAUUAGCUCAUGUAUGCACUUUACUUUGUACUCAUCUUUUUUGUGUUUAUUUUGUUUGUUGUUGUUUUUUUUAACAGCAAUAGAAAAAAAAACAAGGAUCUUGUUUUUUCGCACCAGCAACUCAUAUUUACCAAAGCUUCUCACAUAAAAAUAGCAAAAUAUUCGCAAUAAACACGUAUGUCAUUGGUUCAGAUCACUUUACUGUGUGGCAAUGGCAAGACAUAUUUUUUUGUAAAUACUUUACUGUUUUAUUAUGGGAUGUAUAAAAUGUCCUGAAUGAGCACUUACAGGAUUUUCAGGCCAUCGUUGUCAAAAUAAAGUCGUAAUUGUUCUUUUUCUUCCCGAAUCAAAUGAAUUUUAAAUUAAAAUAUGAUCAGUGGACUUUUCCCAUCGUCAGCUAUGAACAAUGAACUCUACUGAAUGCAUUGCCUGUAUAAAAUGGGCCUGAAUCACUGAAGUCAAACCGUUUUAAAAGCUGAUGUGUGAUAUUUUGUGUUAUAUAGGAAACUGGAUUUUUAUUUAAAUAUUUGGCAUGAAAUUUACUAUAAAUACUGUAAUAUACUAUAAACUGAAACAUACUAUAACCAA